AUGGCUGCUGCUGCUAGAACCCUUCGCAUUGGUCUCAUCCCCGGAGACGGUAUCGGACGGGAGGUCAUCCCGGCCGGUCGCCGCGUUCUGGAGGCUCUCCCCUCCUCGCUGAACCUGAACUUCAGCUUCGUCGAUCUGGAUGCCGGAUUCGACACCUUCAAGCGGACCGGUACCGCUCUUCCGGACAAGACGGUCGAGACCCUGAAGAAGGAGUGUGAUGGCGCUCUAUUCGGAGCCGUGAGCUCCCCCAGCACAAAAGUCGCCGGGUACUCCUCCCCCAUCGUCGCGCUCCGCAAGAAGCUCGACCUGUACGCCAACGUGCGGCCCGUCAAGACCACAGCCGGAGGCAGCCACAACGGCAAGCCGAUCGACCUGGUGAUCGUGCGCGAGAACACGGAGGACCUGUACGUGAAGGAGGAGACGACGCGCGACACCGCGGAGGGCAAAGUGGCCGAAGCGAUCAAGCGGAUCUCCGAGCGGGCGAGUUUCCGCAUCGCCAGCAUCGCGGGGGAGAUCGCGCUGCGGCGCCAAAAGAUCCGCACCGCGGGGCCCCCCGGGCUAUCCACGACCGCCCGCACCAGCCCCAUGGUGACGAUCACGCACAAGUCGAACGUGCUGUCGCAGACGGACGGGCUGUUCCGCGAGACGGCGCGGCGCGCCCUCGCCGCAAACCAGUUUGCCGGCAGCGUCGAGGUCGAGGAGCAGAUCGUCGACUCGAUGGUCUACAAGCUCUUCCGCCAGCCCGAGUACUACGAUGUCAUCGUCGCGCCCAACCUGUACGGCGACAUCCUGUCCGACGGCGCCGCCGCCCUCGUCGGCAGUCUGGGGCUGGUGCCCAGCGCCAACGUGGGUGAUGGCUUCGCCAUCGGCGAGCCCUGCCACGGCAGUGCCCCCGACAUCGAGGGCAAGGGCAUCGCCAACCCCAUCGCCACCCUCCGCAGUGUCGCCCUCAUGCUCGAGUUCCUCGGCGAGGAGGCCGCCGCCGCCAAGAUCUACGCCGCCGUCGAUGCCAACCUCGAUGAGGGCAGGUUCCUCUCCCCCGAUAUGGGCGGGAAGGCGACCACCCAGCAGGUUCUGGAUGAUGUCCUCAAGCGUAUGUAA